UGCUAUCAGAAGCGUGGUGGUGCGCAUCAUGCCUGAGUGGACAGAUGGUGGGCGCCCCCACAAUUGCCGUGUGUUGACGCAAAAGGCGCCAUGAGACGCCAGGCUCGAGGGCCGAUAGCAACCGCGAAAGAGGCUCACAAUUGUCUUGGAAGUAUUCGCAGCGAGUCGCAUCUGGGCAUCUCGCAGUACUGAAAGGCGCAACCGCAGCCACCCCAUCCCAUGUUACUGCGCACCGCCUGCAGCAAUGGACAUGGCUUGCGUGUCCAGUUUAGCCUCCACGAGUCCUCUACGCAGCCCUCGGUGCGACGGCACGUCCUAUCGCGUCACGCCUACAAACUUCCCACCUGCCGCCCCAAAUUGCGCGUCCUGUGCACGCAGACGACGACGACGACCAAAGGCGCCCAGUACCUUGCUUAUUUGUCGCAUACGGCGCCCCUCCGCAACUGGUCGACGACGGUCCACCGCAAACCACUCUUUUCCCCUUCCACCAUGACAGGCGUCACGCAGACGAGGCAUCAUGCAGGCCAUUCCCACCAUCACCACCACGACAACACCUUCCUCUUGUCCAAGAACAAGAAUGACGCCGGCGUGCGCAUCACCAAGAUUGGCCUCUACGUCAACCUGGGCAUGGCGGUCAGCAAAGGCUUCGGGGGCUACGUCUUCAACAGUCAGGCACUCAUCGCCGACGCCAUCCACAGCCUCACCGACCUCGUGAGCGACAUCAUGACGCUGGCAACAGUCGGCUGGUCCCUCAAGCCGCCCACGGACCGCUUCCCCAGCGGAUAUGGCAAGGUGGAGAGUCUGGGUUCGCUCGGUGUCAGUGGCAUAUUGCUCGCAGGUGGUUUCUUCAUGGGCUGGACCGCGCUGCUGGCCCUCUGCAAGCAAUUCUUCCCCGAAGCCGCCGAGGUAGCGGAGCAAUGGGGGCUUAUACCACACCACCACCACCACGGCAUCGACGACUUGGGCCCCAACAUCAAUGCCAUAUGGCUUGCUGCUGGCUCAAUCGUCAUCAAGGAAUGGCUCUACAGAGCGACCCUCAAGAUCGCCAAAGAGCGCAAGUCGACGGUCCUUGCCUCCAACGCCUACCACCACCGCGUCGACUCCCUUACUGCCUUCGUCGCUCUCCUCCUCAUCGCCGGCUCCAACGUCCUCAACAAUGCAAAAUGGCUAGACCCUAUCGGUGGGCUCGUCAUCUCGCUCAUGGUGGUCCAAGCUGGUUGGGGAAACACUAAGCAAGCGCUACUCGAACUGGCAGACGUCGGCGUAGACCAGGAGAUGAAGGACAACGUUCGGAAAGCCGCGACAGACGCUGUCAAGGGUGUCACUACCGCAUCAGAGCCAGUCAAUGUGCGAGCGAUUCAGGGUGUCAAGGCUGGCCAGAACUACCUCAUGGAUAUCGAGAUUGGCGUCUCUGGCACCUGGACCGUUGAGCAGACACGCGACGUUGAGAACGUAAUCCGGGACCGCGUUGGUGUCGACGUGCGCGGCGUAAAGAAGGUGCGCGUGCGCUUUGUAACCAACUCGGCGCAAGUACCAGACUUUCUCGACGAGUUCAUCCCUGGCGACUCUACUGCAGCGGCGAGCGAAGGGUCUGAGGCAGAACAUGACCACGAUCACGACCACAACCACAACCACGAAACUACCGAUGGCAACGCAAGGCGAAGGAAAUGAUUGGUGUACACCUAUAGACAAGCAUAGCUGGGCGUUCUGGAGUUGGGCAUGCAACUACCCGGCGGCACAUACGAGACAUCGGACACUUGUAUAUAUUUUGAAUACCCAUCACCUGAACUCAAACCCGGCCCACGCUCUAGACUCGUACUUUCCCA